UGCUAACUUCCUGUAAACAAAAACACGUGCAAGUCAAAUUCAGGGAUCCCAGGAAAAGAAUAUACGUCUGCUGGUCUCCUUGCUACUUUCCAUUCCUCGUUUGGAACUUUCCAGUAGCUGUACAGUAUCUGGGUUCGCCCUGUAGGAAACAAACAGAUAUUGGAACUUCAUUGGUUGAAUAAUGGCAAGGAAAGUCUCAGCAUUCAUGAUCCAUAAGGAGAAAACGAGUAAAGCCAAACAGAAAAAAACAAAAUCCAAGAAAGUUUCGAAAGUUGAGAAGAAAAAAACAAAGAAGAUAAGUGGACCAAAAGACAAGACUACACUAAUGGAUGUAACUCAUUCAGAAAGUGUUACUGUGAUCAAUCUUCCUGAUGCGGAUAACAGCGGUCUACGAGUAUCUUCUCCAGGCUUUGUACAGGACAAUACUAGGGGACAUCCAGACACUGUACAGAGUACAGACAAGGUUUCAGAGUCAGAAGGUGGACCCAGCAGGAAGACUUGUGAUACAGAAUUCAUCACAGCUGCAAACAAUGAAAGCAUCAUGAUCCUUGAGGGAGCACCUGCUGGUUCUGAAACAACACCAAAAACUGAUUUGAACAAGAAUAGGAAAGGGACAGAAAAUGCUGGGAAAAGGAGGACUGGAAAAAGAAAAUAUGAUGGUAUGGAUAGAGAUAUGGUAAAAGGUAACCAUGGUGAAAAUGCUGCUGCUUUCAGAGAUCGUAUAUACACCAGGAAGAAGGGAGAAACCAAAGAAAUAUGCCAAAAUUUGAAUCUGAUUUUGUGAAGAAAAGUUACAACAGAAGUCUGCUGAAAGAGACUGAUCUGAAUAAGGAACAGAUUGAGGAAAGACGUAAGAAGCUAAAGGAACUUUCAGAGUCAGAUGAUGAGCUAUCCUAUGAUGCCUUUAACCGUUACUAUGGUGAUGAAAAAGACAAGAUGGAGAGCUCUGACAUGGAAUCCAAGUCGGAAAAUUCAAAUGAUGAUGACAGUGAUGAAGAUAUCUUAGAAUCUAUAGAACAGCAGGAGACUUUGUUCCGAGUUUUCGGUCAGGACCAGACUGAAUUUGAUAAAUGUGGUACCUUUGGAUUUGGGUCAUCAGACUUCCAGUUCCAUGAGCAAGGCCCAGCUGACAACACAGAUCCAUUACUGAAUGACUCUGGCUAUUCCUGUGCAGAGAGUCUCACAAGGCUGAAAGGUGAAGAUAAGAAGCAUGUGGUCAGUGUACAGGCUACUGAGCUCAGGGACCAGGCUGGAGGGGAGGGUGGACAAGAUGGCAGGGAAGUCACGGGAGCUGCAGAGAAGAGAGUGGUUCAGUCAUCAAGGGAAGUAAUUGUGCAGGGAGAAUUGAAAUGUGUUUCUGUUCCAUUACCCAAACAGGAGGCGACACUCGUAGUACUUGGUCACCCACAAGAACUCUGCAUCCAGGGCAAAGCAUCAAUCACCAUGGUAACAGGGGAGAUAACUAUCAUGGGACACAGAUUUCAACCAGAUAGUUCAUACAAAGUUUACUCCCCCAUCAGCAAUAGUUAUAAAGUGUUAAAAACAGUCAAAACAGUUGAUUUUAAACAAGUCAUUGAAAAAUCUCUGUUUUAUUUGCAUCAACCAAGUCUGUGCAAGAGAUGGAAGAUGAGUUGGAAAUAUUCCAAGAUGUGCAAAGUGUCGCCUUUGUUGUGCGUCCCUUGGAUUCUGAAGCACACAAUUACAUUUCAACAAUGUCGCCAUACACUGGCCUGUUUACCAUCAGGACUGAGGAACCACUACCCCAUAACAUGGAACUACUUCCUCUGGGAUUGGGACUAUUUCCUAGAGAGUGUGUGAUGAGGCCUUGGCUGAGGCUGUCCAAGGACAUCAAGCAGAUCCUUGACCUUUGGGAGGUGAUGAUCGGAAGGGGAGAUAAGUCUGGUGAGGGUCGGGCACCUGUGAUUUUGACGUGUGGAGGCAAGAACAGUGGCAAAUCCACUCUGAAUCGACACCUCAUCAACUCUGCACUCAAUGUGUGUAAAGGUGUAUCAUACUUGGAGCUGGACAUUGGCCAAACAGAGUUCUCUCCCCCUGGCUGCACUUCCUUACAUAAUGUGACAGAGCCAGUGCUUGGUCCACCGUUCACCCAUGUUAGAAAGGCAGAAAGAAUGUGUUACUUUGGAGCUGUGUCAGCAGCUGCUAAUGUGUCGAUGUACGUGAAAUGUGUGGAGUUUGUGUUUGCUGCACACAAGGGAGACAACCCUCUUAUCAUCAACACCAUGGGCUGGAACAAAGGUAUUGGGCUGAAGCUGCUGGUGGACAUACUCCGCAUUACCAACCCGGACACCGUGGUCCAGAUGGACACGUACAAGCUCCUGGACAACUUCCCUCCUGUCACACCACAGUUCAAGAUGGCGGAGCAGGGCUGGCUGUAUAACACACAGGCCGCAGACGACAUGCAGCAGGACCUGGUAGCAGACGGGCAUGAGCUGUGUGUUGUGCAGACGCCAGUCAUGAAGAUGCAUGAAAAGUUCAUCACCUGGAUGGCAGCCGACCAUCGCAACGUGACCCUCCUGUCCUACUUCUGUAACGCCCUCAAACCCAGCCAGUCCCUCCUGUCUCUUGUCCCCUACACCAUGCCCUGGACUGCCCUCGCAGUCCACGUGUGUGAUGCUGCUGGGCUGAAGCCGUCAAAGAUGCUGUUGGUGCUGAAUGGAAGCAUUGUUGGACUGUGUGCUGCGUCUCUACCAGAGGUCAAGGUCACUGGAGACUCCCACCCAAGAAUGUUGAAAACACUCCCUGUAUGCCAGUGUCUCGGAUUAGGUCUUGUGAGAGGUAUCGACCCCAAAACGAAGCUCCUCUACAUUGUCACGCCCUUGACACAGGAUGAGCUGUCCAAGGUCAACGUUCUGGUGAAGGGGUCAGUGACUCUGCCAGACCAGGUCACCAGGCAACAGGUGUUCAUCUGCUUGCAGAAAACCGAAGAGGCCAUGCCAUAUCGUGACAACUUAACCAGGAGUAUCGGAUCAUGGAAAACCAACUUCAAGGACAGGAAGAUGAAACGACCUGGUGCCAUCUUCAGGAGUCGCCAAAAGUGAUGCUGUCUGUUACCACUCGAGUCUUACUGGGACCUACUGAUGUUCUGAUCAAGGGUGUCGGUCCUGGGACCAUCUGACGUGUUGAUCUAGGGUGCAGUUUUCAGGGUACAGCUGUUCUCUUAUUUAUUAUCAUUUGUAAAUGAGAGUUUUGUUAUGAAAACAAAAUAAAAUGUCAAAUGUAUAAUAAAAAGUUUAUUCAUGUU